CUCUCGUCUGCUCUGCGCCUGCGCGUACGUUCCAACUUGCCGUCUGCAUCCAGCCCUUUCAGACGCUAAACGCCAAACUUGCAUUGUUUUCUGUAACUUUUGGCCCUAUUUUGUCUACGGGCAGCUCAGUUGUUGCAGAAAAGGGUCAGAAAUGAGCAUACCGAACCAUUCAGCCGUCUGUCCCCUCGCUCUGACUUGGUUCAAUUGUUCAAAAAUCGUGGAGCCGCAGUCUGUCGCUGUCGGUGUAUUACCGGGAAUGAAAUUUAAAACAACCUGGAGGAAUGUUGAACAGGACAUAAAGGUCUUGACUGACAAUGGCAUUACUGAUGUAUUCUGUCUCUGCAAGCAGAGUGAGUUGUCAUAUUUCAGAGUCAGGGAACUUUUCGAUGCCUAUCACAGCAAAGACAUAAGAGUUCAUCAUUACUCCAUUGAGCCAGACCUGUCACCUGAUUACAAAGAUAUUCGAACAGUUUUAGUGGACCUUUGGAACACACUUCUCAGUGGCAGCAAAGUUUAUAUUCAUGCUCGAAGCCUUCUUGGAAGAGUCAGUGUGAUUCUUGCUGCUUUCUACAUGGAGCUUGAAGAAGAUGUGACAGCAGCACACGCAAUUUUCAAAAUUCGGGAGCUCAUUGGAAAUGGAGCCUUUCAAACAAUGCAGCAAUAUUACUUUGUUGAUGGAUACAGAGAAUAUCAAGCCCAGCACAUAAAUGAGUUUUUGUAGACUGAUUUUACCAAGAAACAUUAUUUAUGCAAUAUGGUGCUUGUCAUACCUUUACCUUUUAUUAUAUUCCUUUAUAUUCUAUGACAUGACUUCUAUACCUGUAUAUUAACGUGGGUGGAACUUUCUUUUUGAUUUGAGUAUUUUAAUAACAAGGUCUCAUUUUAUUACUAAUGAAUUUGCCCAAAGUCUUAGUCUAUUUAAAUACUUCUAUGUUAUGUUGUCCUUCUGACCAUUUCAAUACAUCACUCUCAAAGCCAAACAUAUAAGUAGUUCAUUGUUGCCUUUGAUUUAUUCAUGGAAUUUAUGUGUUGUUUUCAAUGCCUCUAACUGACGUUUAGGAAUUUAUGUUUAUCUGAAUAAGUUUAUUUAUUUGUCUAGUGUAAGAGAAAAUUUAAUAUAUUAUUAUAUAUUAUUUCUAAUUUAUUAACAAGGAGCUGCUUCAAUGUAUACCAAACAAGAACCAUUAUGUGAUACACUGGUGAUGAGGUACUGAUGUCACAGUUUCAAAGAUGAGUCUUUGUCAAAUUGUUGACUUGUCCUGUAUAACUUGUUCCAUUUCUCAAUAAAUUGAAUGAUGGCAAGUGA